CAUACAUCUCUAGAUUUAGAGUUUAGUUUUUAUCAAAAUUAGUUGAAUUCAUCUUGCAACAAGCAAGGAUUUUCUUGGAGGGAGAAACAGUUUUUAAGUGUCAAAUGCUCUAAACAACGCAUAAGGCAUCCAAUUUGAUACUUGUCUCCGGAUUAAUACCCAAAAUAGUUCAAAAAUGAAAGCCAAAGUCAAGCUUCGAAUUGCUAGGUCACUGGAUGGAUCCACGGAACAGGUUUAAUUAUUGAGGAACAGGUUUAAUUAUUGAGAUUGUUUGGGAUUGUGUUAGAGAUUAUUUUUUUAAUUAUUUUUAAUUUAAAAAAUAAUAAAAUAAUAUUUUUUAUUUUUUAAAAUUAAAUUUUGAUAUUAACAUAUCAUCUUAAAAUAUUAAAAAAAAAAUUUAACAAAGGUUGAAACUCAAUUCGAGAUACACGGAAGGCAAUCACUAUUCUACCCCUCGUCAUUUACUACUUCUACCUAAAGUUAAUUGGUAUAUUUCAUAGCUUAGUGAGGUUACAGAAGUCCAUAAAUCAAGAAACAUAGUUUCAGAGAUAUCAAGAACCUCUAAGAAGAGAAUUAUUUUACCCGUGCUAGGGACAGCCUUAGCAAAAAUGCCCUCUUGUAGAUUUCACCUGUCUCUGUCUCUUCCAGCGACCCAUUGUUUCUGUUGGCGAGUUCAAGACAAUCAAAUCGUUCCAAAAGCAUAAAAGAGACACAUUUAUAAACACCCAUUUACUAGUUUGGCUGAUUUGAGGUUCAAAGCUUAGUUUUUGAUCAAGUCUGAUGGGUAAAUUGGAAGAGAUAGGAGCUGAUAUUUGCUUAGACAUUGAAGUUGAUGACAUAAGGUGCGAGAAUAUUGCUGAGAAAGAUGUUAGUGAUGAAGAAAUUGGAGCAGAAGAUAUGGAUAGAAGGAUGUGGAAGGAUCAUGUCAAACUCAAAAGGAUUAAGGAAAGACAGAAGCUUGCAGUACAACUAGCAGAGAAGCAAAAGCUGAAGCGGACCUAUGAUCUCGCUAGGAGGAAGAAAAUGUUGAGAGUCCAGGAUGGAAUUCUCAAGUAUAUGUUGAAGUUAAUGGAAGUGUGCGAAGCACGUGGAUUUGUGUAUGGAAUCAUUCCAGAGAAGGGUAAGCCAGUAAGUGGUGCAUCUGAUAACAUAAGAGCUUGGUGGAAAGAAAAGGUGAAAUUCGAUAAGAAUGGGCCAGCAGCCAUAGCAAAGUAUGAAGCAGAGUGUUCUGCUAUGGGCGAGUUAAAUGAGAGUAGAAAUAGGAACUCCCAAAGUGUUCUUGAAGACCUGCAAGAUGCAACUUUAGGUUUCUUGUCUUCUUUGAUUCAGCACUGCAAUCCCCCUCAAAGGAAGCAUCCGUUGGAGAAAAAGGUUCCACCACCUUGGUGGCCAACUGGAAAUGAAGAUUGGUGGCUAAAACUAGGACUACCCCAAGCUCAGAGUCCUCCUUUUAAGAAACCUCACGAUUUGAAGAAGAUGUGGAAAGUCAGGGUGUUGACUGCUGUAAUAAAGCGUAUGUCACCUGAUUUUUGCAAAAUCAGGAGGCAUGUCCAUCAGUCAAAGUGCUUACAGGAUAAGAUGACAGCGAAGGAGUGUGCAAUUUGGCUGGGAUUGUUGAGUCUAGAGGAAUCCCUCAUUGGGAAACCUAGCAUUGAUACUGGCACAUCUGUCAUAAUUGAAAGACCUCAAGGUGGCCAUGGUCAAAUAAAGAAUCCUGCUAUUAGUUGUGAUAGUGAUUAUGAUGUUGAUGAUGGUGUGGGUUCUGUUUCAUCAAAAGAUAAUAGGAGAAAUCAACUGAUGGAUGUUGAGCCAUUGAACAGUCAAAAUCAUGUCCAAGAUACCGAGCUAGGGGAAAGGCAACUUGGGACAAAAAAGCCCCUGGUGAGGUCAAGUGAUGCUGAUGAACAGCUUGUACUGCCUCUGAAUGAUAAUUCUGGAGCUGUGCAGAGAAACACGUUGUCUGAUACAGAUCACUGAUUUACAGCCAGAUGAAUAUCAUCAGAUGCAUGAAACCAAGCAGGACAGCUUUACAACUAUAGCUUCGAGGCCUCUGAAGAAAGAUCUUUCCGGGCCUGUCUCUUGUCCUUCCCAACAAAAUCCAGAGUUGCAUCACAAAACUAUCCAUAGUACUUUCGAUGAUCAAUCUCUUGAUUGUGGGACUAAUCAUGAUGGCCAGCAUUCUCAGGUGAGAACGGACAUUCAUCGAGAGAAUGACAGAUUCCUUAUACCAACACCACAUAGGAAUGAAAAUGAGAUGACUGGAGGACAAUCGCAUCAUCUUGCCAAAGAUACACUUCCCACCAAGCAAGACAAGUCUGUCGAUAAGUACUUUGAGUCUGCUGACUUGGAAGAUUUUGCUGCAACUAGCAGCCCAUUUCCUGACUUGUAUUUGUUCGACUUCGACAUUUCUGGUGAUGAUUCCAUCCCCUACCUCGUUUCCUAGUUCUGCAAAGUGAUACUUGAGAUCAUAGAUUGUAUGUGACAUUUCUCCCUCAUCGGCAGGCUAAAUUACUGUUGCCAAAGUUUCAA